AGAAGAUGGGGGGGCGGGGGGGGGGGGGGGAGCGGGGCAGCUCUUCUACAACUCACUUUAGUUUUUUAUCCUAAUCUAAAAACGGCCAGCAGGGCGGCGCUGCAGGUUAGAGUCCACCCUCGGCUCCUGUCCUUCUCUGUGAUUGGACACCGUGCCGCGUGUGUGUUUAAAUAUGUAAAUGCUGGAGAGAGGUUUGGUUUAGAAGACCCAAACAGAACCGACCCGGUCUGUGGUUCUGCCCUGGUCACACCUGACUGACAACAGACCAUCUCACAACAACAGCCUCGUUCACACUGUUGCCGACUGUUUUCAUUUUCUCUCGUCUCGGAGUAAAAACAUGUGGAAAACUGUGUUUUGCAGCUAAAACGCACAAAUACUGGAUCUGGGUCUUUGUUGUCGUGUGACAUUUCAUUUGUAAUGAGAAGAAACACUUUGAGAACGAGUAUAAGGUUCAAAGAAAGUACUGAAUAUUUGUCACUCCAGAAAAACCCACGGCCUCCGUCUGUGCGUCAGAUUCUCUGCUUAUUUCAUCGUUUCUCACUCAGUAAAACGGACUCUGCCAAACACACCGUCUUCUUGGCCUCUCAUUUUCAAAUGUCUUAAUUCAUGUAAUUAAUGUUUUACCGUUCACCUCUGUUGGUUAUUUAACUUGUUUCUACAUCUUGUCACAUAAAAAGGAGGAAGAUUUUUACUUUAGAAAAGUCUGGGAUAUUUGAGAAUAAAGUAACGUUAUAAAAAUAGAUUUAUAAAAAGGUUCUCCAGCUAAAUGUUCUGUGAAUUCUCCACAGGAAGUUAGCAUAUUUUAGUUACGUUAUUCGUUUGGGAGAAUAAAUUCAUCAAGUAUCACAAUAAACUUUUUUUUCUUUUUGCCAGAAAAGAGUUGUAGAAGAAUUAAAAACGUGUCUAACAUCAACUUCCACUCUCCCGAUGUUCCAGAAGGGGGCGUUACUUCGUCACUGCAACGUUUAUCUGGAACAUUCGUUCGAUUCGACUCAGUUUAGUGUUAAAAUAAAUAAAAAACUAAACACGAAGCUGCACGGGAUUUGUUUCCGGUCGGAGCGCUAUACGUGCGACACCGUCUCAUAGCCUAGCCGCGGCUACAAGUUUACUUUAAUGAAUGAAUAUUUUCUCUUAUUUCCUUCAAACAUGUUCUGUUGCAGCGGUUAAAAACACACGUUAACGUCAGUAUCAGUCGGUGUUCAGUGACGGACGUUUCUUUACCAACGUCCACAUCGUAAUGAAUUAGUUCGACUGUGGGACCGUCAGGACAGGGGACACCGGCGGCUGACACGGCUCGGUGUCGUCACACGGUAGUCGAUUGUAAUGAUUGCAGAUCAAUAUCGUUAAACUAUCGACUUUCCCUUUUUGUUCAUUCAAGUCCAGAGGGAUUUUAUUUCUAUUUUUUAGUCCGAGUGUCUGGAAAUGUCUCCGCCUCGGUCUCUGCUGCUGGUGGGAGAAGGAAACUUCUCCUUUUCUGCGUCCACGAGUCAGAUGUUCUCCGGAACAGACGCCCGUGUGACGGCCACCUGUCUGCAGCAGCAGGAGGACGCGCUGAAGUUCGAAGGAGCGGCCGAGAACAUCCAGGUCGUCGAGGACCACGGUGGGAGGGUCAUUUUUGGGGUGGACUGCACCCAGCUGCAGGAGUGCUCCUCCCUGAAGGGCCUCCUCUUUGACCGUAUCCUCUUCAACUUUCCUCACUGUGGCAGAAAGUCUGGUGUGAAGAAGAACAGAGAGCUUCUCAGGAACUUCUUUCUCAGCUGUGUUCAGCUGUUGGCCGAGGGAGGAGAGGUCCACGUCGCCCUGUGCAACGGACAGGGGGGGACACCGGCGGACGAGCCACAGCGAGAGCGUCACAACAGCUGGCAGCUGGUCGCCAUGGCAGCGGAGGCGGACCUCGUCCUCAGUGACGUCCAGCCUUUUCAAGGAGGGAAACACCAGAGCUACAAGUGCACCGGGUACAGGAGCCAGGACAAAGGCUUUCAUGUGGACAAAGCUCUGCUCCACGUGUUGACUCGCAGCGCCCCCUACGUUCAAGCUCAGCUGGUGAAGAUGGAGGAGGUCGUUGGAGAGGAGAAGGUCCAGUACAACGUACCAGCAGAACUCCAUGAAUAUUUAUUCAGGGAGUUCCUCUCCUCAGGUUCUGUUCAUCCUGUAAAGUUGGUGCAGAACUACCUUCUCCAAGGACUGGAGCAGAACUGGUCCGUCUCCAUGAUGACGGAGAACGUCCCUGUCCUCCUCACGGCCCGGCAGCUCCUACGGUGCCGUGAAGGUGUGGACAGCAGCGACUGCUACUGGAUUCACCCACUGCAGAAAGACGUCAGCGGAGACACUGUGUCCUUCACACAGGCAGUGGACAAGAGUUCUGUGAGCUCCAGGGACGAAGACCCUGAAGGAGAAGGACGUUUUUAUUUGCUGCGUCCGUCGCUGCGCCCCCAAGUGGAAGAGAUUCUGAAUAAAAAAGAGAGUUUAACACAGAAUGAACCCAGAGAGUCAGGGAGGGGGGGUGAGGAGGAGCAGCGGGCCGUCUGUAACGGCGUUACUCCCCCCUUGUACGGCCUCAGUGACGUGGUGUUCAGGAGAGUUCCCAUCAGCCCCUGGGCCGCGCCGGCGUUCCACCAGCUCUUCCUCACAGGUGUUCUCUCCGCGGAGUGUGAACCCGUCAGGCAGCUGGGAGAAACACUGGAGCCUCUACUCGCUCCUUAUGGGGUCUCCUUGGUUCCAGAGGAGGGGGGCGUGCAGCUGGUGGCCCAACCUGUGGGCGCGGUCGGCAAAGUCUCCCAGAGCCGUACAGGUGAACGCUCCAGUGACAGCGCCGUCACCGUCUCCCUGAACCUGGAUCUUCUGGCCGUGCUCCUCUUUUCUCUCCCCGAUUGGCGGCUGCUGUGGUCACGUGACCAGCGCUUCCUCCGACAGUUUGGACCGGACUCCGCCCCCGGGACCUCCUACCGCCCGUUCUCCUUGUUCCCUGAACACUUUCGCUUUGACAUCUGCUUCUGGACGGGGCCGUCGUGGGAGGAAGAGAAGUUCCACGCUCUGGUGCGAGAGGCCGGUCGCGGCACGGUGGAGCAGGUGAAACUGCUGGACACCUUCUCACACCCCGACCUGAGUCAGACCAGCUACUGCUACAGGCUGGUCUACCACACACACACACACGCCCUGUCACACACACAGGCUCUGCUCUUCCACAAACGCCUGGAGACGUUGCUGUCUUCUCAGCUGCAGGUCACGGUCAGGUAGCUUCACGUCGAUCAAACCCAGGGUCACCCACGCGCUGCUGUUCCACCUGUGACCACAGGGGUGCUUUUUAUUUCGUGUGCUGAUGACACUGAGCCAUUAUUGAUGUAUUUUUAUUUGUGUUGUGUUAUAUGUGCUGUUGAUUCUGUGUGUCUGUGUGGUUAAUAAACCAAAUAUGUAAAUGAA